AUGCCACUCAAACCCGUAGUGUCAGCACUCGCGCGAAACACCAUCAAAACUGCAUACGAUGAGCUGGAUCGUACCAUCAACUUGGCAGACAAGAAAGACUUCCCCAAUACCACUCUGGAAGAUGUCAAAAAAGCUGCUCGCAGUAUCGAGAACCAACUCGCUGCUAGACAAUCGUUGCGAAAUAUGCGUCGUCUCAUGCCUUUGUUUAGAGGCCUUGAACACUACUCCAAAGUCGUGGAUAUCUUGUGCAAUGGCACUCCAUAUCUACCAUGGAUCUGGGCACCGAUUACUCUAAUACUAAGGGUCGCAUCGGAGUUUGUGGAGGCCUUUGAACAAAUCAUUAGAGGGUAUGCGAGCAUUGCCGAGUCGUUGAAGCGGUUCGAGAUCCUGAGUGACGCAUUCAUCAACGAGCCAGACUUCCAGCAGACCCUGGCAGUUUUCUAUGCAGAUAUUCUCAAGUUUCACAAACACGCCUAUAAGUUCGUUCGGAGAAGUAGCUGGAAGUUGAUGUUUACCACAUCCUGGGGACGUUUUCAAGCUAGGUUUGGGAACAUUCUCGAAGACCUGAAACAACAUGGAGCCCUGAUUGAUCUCGAAGCGAAUGCCCGGGAUAUCUCCCAGGCAAAGGCAAUGAGGGAUGACAUCCGUAAGUGGCGAGAAGAGAGUGAGAGCCGAGUCCGUCAAGAGGGUAUCGAGCAAAACGCAAAGCAGUACGAAUCUAUCGUGUCUUGGCUUCAGGUCAACGAAGGAGAUCAGAUUGCUAUCGUGGAAUCGACAAAUUUUCAAGUAGCUGACUAUCAGGAUACAUGUGGAUGGAUUCUGAAGAACAAAAAGGUUAGCUCUUGGGCAAACAACCAGCCAGAUACCCCGGCGCUCUGGUUGAAGGGCCCAGCUGGAACCGGCAAAAGUGUCUUGGCUACGCAACUCAUUAACUUCAUGGGAGGGACCAAGUUCGUUAUCUGUCACUUUUGCACAUAUCGUUAUGUUUCAUCCACCAUGUAUGAGCAAGUCCUGAAAAGCUUGCUGCUGCAGAUCCUUCGGAAAGAUGGAGACUUGGUGGCUCACGUCUACAAGACAUGCAUCUUAGAGAAGAAGCAGCCGACAACUGCUUCUUUAGAGCAGCUCUUGCACAAUCUUCUCACCAGUAUAUCGAGCGAUCCGAAUAAAGCGGAGUAUCUUUGGAUUGUUAUCGAUGGAUUGGACGAGUGCGACCCCGACAAGCACAUGCGUCUAGUACGUCUGGUCAACCAGCUUACCUCCAAACCAGUUGUUCCUGGAAGCACCGUAAUCUCUCUAAGCGAAGAGAAGAAAUUGCUGAGUGAGGCAAUUCGUCAAUAUGUGGACCGAAGACUGAGAUUGAUGGACAAGAAGCUCCGCCAACUCGACCUGGAGCAUUCCGAGAUUAAAGAGAUCCAAGAUGUGAUUGUGGUAAAGGCUGACGGAAUGUUUCUCUACGCCCGACUCGUUAUGGAUUAUCUUGCAAGCAACAUCUUUUUCAGCGGCGACGAGAUUAAGCAUUCAGUGAAACAGCUACCGCAGAAGCUCAGUGACUUCUAUCAACGAAUUUUAACACAGAUCCUGAUCCAGCUUGACGCUCGGUCAGUAGAUCGCAUCAAAUGCGUUUUCGGUUGGAUUGCAUUCGCGAAACGACCACUUCGCAAACUCGAAUUACUUUCUGCUAUCUCCUUCAGUACUGGUGAUCCAAAUGUAUCUCGAUUGGCACCGCAAUUCCUACUCGAGAUCUGUGGGACACUUAUCGAAGAGAGGAAAGACGCGACGUUCGCUUUUAUCCAUAAUUCCGUUAAGGAGUUCCUGCAGUCAACUUCUAAAGGCCUAAAUGUCAGUGAAAUUGAAACUUUGCAACAGCAUGGAGCAGCUACUAUAACAUGCCUCCUCUCAGGGUUCAACGUUUUCUGUCACACGUACGCUGAACAUGAUAGAGCUCUUCGGGUUGCCAAAGGGCUACAUGGCUUUCAUGUAUAUGCUACUGAGUUCUGGACAGAGUAUUUACUUUCUUGGGUAGCUUCGGAAUGCCCGAGAGCUGAAGACGAUUCGGUGCCCCUGCUUGACAUCGCUUGUAAACUAGCGGCAAGUCUGAAUGCAUCACCCGCAACAACAACUCCAACCCUACGGCAUCUUAACAAGAGGAUGGAUAUGCGGUUGAAGUUCUUGGAGCAGUACCCAAUGCUUCUGAAACUUGUCCACGAAACUUUGCAGGCAAGGUCUUUGGAAAGUCUUGAAUCACGAAUUCUGCGGAAUUGCUUGAUAGAUCAAGAACCGCAGCAACACUCUGACCCGCUAAUCGUCCCUGAUGGAAUCAGCAAGAUUUUGGUAUCAUAUCAGGAGGUUGUUAGGUCGCUCCUUGACCAAAACCAUCACCCUGAACUAUCUGCCGAUGAGUUUGAACUGUUCAAAAUCCACUUUGGGGCCACUGCCUACACAUGCCAACUGACUUCAUGCUCAAGAGCGACGAUUGGAUUUGAGACAGAAGAACUCCUCAAAGAGCAUGAAAAGUGCCAUAUCAGAUGGUUCCAGUGUACCGUCCCUGGGUGCCAGUUCCCCUCCUUUGUUUCGGCAAGAGCAUUGAAGAGUCAUACGAGAAAUUACCACACAGUUACUGUGACCGCGAGGGCAAUCCGCAGAUUUGGAGCUAGUAUAGGCACGCCGAUACGGGUGGAUGGGCGGCCGAUCAAGCUUCGAAAUGCGGAUCAUGCUCAGAACAGUGUGCAAAUUUCCCAAAUAGCGCAUGAACAAAGCCGAGAGGGAUUUUGGCUGAGUGGCGAGGACCACAAUUGGCUCGGCUUUCCUUCACCUGGCAUAGGACUGGCGUCGCCUGGUGGGUGGUCUAGGACCACAAUUGGCUCGGCUUUCCUUCACCUGGCAUAG